GCAGUCUCCAUCCACCAGCUUCUCUGUCUUUUUGCGAAACGAGUAACCAAACUUCGACUUCAGCUCAGUGCUUUGACAAGUAACGGCCCAAAUACUCUCACCAGCACAUUCGUCGAAUUUACUCAACCGUCAAAAGCUCCCUCAGCUCUAGCCCCCAACAGUCGUAUAUUGCUAUCACAUAAUUCCUCUUUGACCCCUGAGAAUGAAUCAGCCUCAUUGAAAGCCUGUUCUCCUGAAAGUCUUAGCCCCUGCCAUAGCAAUACUAGCGGCAAAGUAGCUAGUCAAGAAAGGACACUAUGUGGUAUGGAUAAAGAUCAGACUGACGACACUGGGCAAGUACAGCCUGCUCAAAUAUGUCUAGAGCCGAUUGUUCAAACCGAUAUUGAAGCUCUUGAUUCUGGGAAUCUUAGUCAGCCUUGUCCUGAAAAUAAGCCUUCCGGAUUGCCUCUUGACAAUGGAACUCACAAAGCUACCAUUGAUUGUGCGCUGCCCUCAGCUUGUCCGCAACCGGCCACUCAACUGGCUCGCCAGCUAUUUUUGCCUCUUGUAAACGAAUUGGCAAGUCUUUUCGCUGGUGAGCUUAAUCCCGUUGCAGCCAAGGCGCAGCGUCGCGUCCCUCUGCCAGAAGGACUCGACCUUGAAAACUGGAUUAACCCAGCUCCAGCACCGCCAGGGACUUUACACUUGGUUUCCAGAACGAGCCGAAGAAGCCGAGUGAUUGCAUCUGAAGCUUCCUCGGCGGGAAUUACAAAUGCAAUAGAGGCGUGGAAUACCAGCACGGUAAUGCGUGGUUCUCAGCAUUUUUGUCUUCCAUAUUAUCUAUUAAACGAUAAUCGUUUUGAAAAUAGAUCUAUCUGCUUCAUUAUUGAGUUUGUCUCAUCGUAA